AUGUCGGAGCGGAUUCGUGAGCUAGCACAGGAGCCUGUCGCUUUCUUAAAUGAAGGUACACAGUUUUUGAACCGUUGCACGAAGCCAGGACGCAAGGAAUUCAUUCAGAUCUGUCGCGCUGUUGGCACCGGGUUCGUGAUUAUGGGCUUUAUUGGCUAUCUUGUAAAGCUGAUUCAUAUUCCCAUCAACAAUAUUGUACGUGCGCAUAAUAACACACAACGUGAGUGA